CAAGAUAUGAUAAGGGACUGAAGAGCAGAGGAAGAAGUCUCAGAGAAACGGACGGCCAAACGCCAAACAUGGAGGCCGCCAUCAAGUUCCAAAUCCAUGGCGGCAUCGGCGCCGCCCUCUCGCUCGCGCUCGCAGCUCCCAAACCCCACACAAGGCGACCCACAAGCCUCGCCGUCCACGGCGGCGGCAACGGCGGCGGCGGCGGCAUCUGCGGCGGCAAGAAGUCGAGAUCCCCGGACACCCGUUUCCGGUCCCGCCACGAAAUCGAAGCCCCGCGUCGCGGCUCCGCGCAACACAGGGCGAUCCUCGUGGAGGCCUUCCACGAGCACCGGAGGCUCAACGCGCUGCUCCAGAGGCUCGGCGAGGAGGGCUCUUGCCCUCUGCGGCUGCUCGAAGGCGAUGGAGAUUGGACGCGGGACCAGUUCUGGGCCGUGGUCAAGUCCCUGCGGCACGCUUCGAGGUCCCAUGAAGUUCUCAAGGUAUUUGAUAUGUGGAAGGCCAGAAAACCGUCUCGUGUUACUGAGUUCAACUAUGAGACGAUAAUACUGUUGUUAUGUGAAGAGGGUCUGAUGGAUGACGCAGUUUCAGCAUUUCAAGAAAUGAAAAAUAACAAUCUGAGUACUUCUGUAGAUAUAUACAAUGGAAUAGUCCAUGGAUAUGCCAACAGAGGGAACUUUGAUGAUGCAUUAUUGUUUCUUGACAAAAUGAGAGAAAAUGACUUGGGCCCUGAUAACAAGACCUAUAAUGGGCUAAUCCGAGCAUAUGGAAAAUAUAAAAUGUAUGAUGAGUUGGGAAUGUGUGUAAAGCAAAUGGAAUUAAACAGAUGUUCGCCUGACCAUGUCACUUAUAAUUUGCUUAUCCGAGAGUUUUCUCGUGCUGGGUUACUUCAACAGAUGGAGAAACUGCAGCGAACAAUGUUUUCUAGGAGAAUGUAUUUGCAGCCAUCAUCUCUGGUAUCAAUGCUCGACGCAUAUGCCAACUUUGGUGUUUUAGCUAAGAUGGAGAAGGCUUACAUAAGGGUUUUGAACGCGAAAAUUCCCCUAAAGGAGGAUCUUAUCAGAAAAUUGGCUGGAACUUAUAUAGAGAACUACAUGUUUUCUAGGCUGGAUGAUCUGGGAUGCCAUUAUUCUUCAAGUAGUGGUAGUGAUCUUCCUUGGUUCUUGCGGCUCCUUUCUAAUGCUUGUCUUUUGAGUAUCAAAGGCAUGGACUUGGUUGUCGGGGAAAUGGAAGAAGCGGGAGUUCCUUGGAGCAUGACACUUUCAAACACUGUUUUUCUGGCCCUUUUGAAGAUGAAACAUUUUAAGCACCUGAGAACUUUACUCUUGAGGCUGCCAGCCGAAGGAUUGAAACCCGAUAUUGUGACUGUUGGGGUAUUAUUAGAUGCAAACCGAAUUGGUUUCGAUGGAUUUCCAAUUUUAGAUGCAUGGAGAAGGCUGGGAUUCCUCUACAGGGAUGUGGAGAUGGAAACCGACCCUCUGGUUCUCACUGCAUUUGGUAAAGGGCAUUUCUUGAGGAGUUGUGAAGAUAUCUACUACUCCUUUGAACUUGAAAACAGAGCAAAGACUAGGUGGACCUACAACACUCUUAUUGAUUCGGUAUCAGAGCUGUGGAAGGCAGACUCUUUUAAAACCAGUAAAUGCAGUGUGAAGUUAUAAUGUCCCUUCAAGGUUGAUCUAUGAAAAUUUUGGUACAGAGAGAUUUUGAAAGGGACAGAAUUCUUUUGCUUGAAACAGAGGAUUCUGGAAAAGCACUUCCAGUAGCCGCUUCAGAAAAUCGAUUGCAAAUUGCUUUAUUCAUGAUCAAGAUAAUCAACCACGAGGCUCCAAAAAUUGGAAAUCAGCACAAUCUACCUGAGUUAUCAUGGACAUUAGGAAGGCAAAAAUUUGUGGAUUGGCAGAAGUUGUAUCUGUUCAAUUCCACAGUGCUGAUUAAAUCCAUUUGGAAGGACACUCGAGGGAAAAAAAAUGUGCCUUAGCAUCUAAUCUGGAUGAGAUUAAAAAGAGGCACAUUCUGAUGUGUGAAGCUAUACUGGGUAAGCAAGAAGUUGUUACUCUGGUUCUGGGGAACCCCUGCCUAGCUCUAUUGGAUACAACUCUAGGGUUGAUAACCUUUUCUAACCAUAGAAGUACAUAGACUGUUUCCCUCUCGUGAGUACCCAUGUCCUUUCCAAAUACAUAAGUUUCCAAGCUCCACUAAUAAGGAUGGUGAGCUGCAAUCUCUAUGCUUGUCACAUUGAUUUGAUUAAAAUUGAAUGAUUUUUCAUUUGAGAAACCUCUAAACAAUAAUCCUUUUUUGGCCAAUAGAUUACACCACUUGUUUGAGACAUUUGUUUAUCUUGCAUAUCCUCCCUUGUGCAGUUAUACCAGUUAUCUUGCUCGUGGGACAAUGGCCACCUGGAAUAAGUUUAUUAGCUGCAUUGUUGAAUUUACUAGGUAACUGGCAAAUGGAACUAAUAGCCAAGUUUCAUGAAGAUUCUUAUGUAAGUAUCUUUAAGAUAUGAUGGUUUUUCAUUGAUGGCAACUAUUAGCAAGCAACCUUCGAGUUUUUCUUAAGGUGUUAUUGGCAUCUGAAAAGGUAAUUUGGUCUUUUAACAAAUUCCUCUAAUUUGCUCUCCUCAAUGGUUUUAGGAACAUGCACCUCAUUCAACACCUUCGAAAGUGCAUUCUUAUGUUUCUUUGAGGAUCGAAAUAAGUCCAAUAAGGAAAUAUGCACGGUUAUAUUUCUCAGUUGAUCCACCACGCCCAUGCUGAUUGCGAAGCGUAUGAUUGCCAAGGAGAUCCCACGUGAGAGUCCCCUGAUGUUCGUUGGCUUGGACCCUUCGAACACUUGUGAUUUCCAUAUGGGAGAAAAGCGCCAUACCACUGACAAUUGUCUGGUACUGAAAGCCAAAGUUCAAGACCUCAUGGAUAAUGGAGUGCUUUCAUUGUGCAACAGAAUUCCCUCCCUAAUCGUGCUGGUGGGGUGAAUCCCAUAUUGGGAGAGGCGUAACAUGUUCCAAAGGUGUUUAAGAUUGACUUUGCUGCGGUGUAUGGUAUACAUAUUCAACUGGGGCACUACCCAAGCAGGGACAAGCUCUCAUUAGAGGAAAAGUUGGAGCAUAUCCAAAGGAUGACUCCAUUUGGCAUUAUUAGAUGCAUUGAUGAGAAGGAGAUAGUUGCUACCAUGAAUCCCGUUGUAAAUGAUUUGUCCACAAAAGACUCCUUUACACGCGUGGGCAGAGGUAGAUAAUGUAAGGCCACUAGUCAUUGACCUCCUAUCUGAAGAAUCCUCUUGUAUGGAGAUGGAAGGAAGUGGAAUGAAGCCUGUGGUCAUCGAGCGGUCGCCUUUAGACAAUGAUCAGAUGAUUAUCAUGGAAUUAUCACUCCCUAGUGUUAUGGAACUGAAGAUGUUGAUGCCGUGAUUCAAUCAGGAUGAUGUUACGCAAUUGCCGAAGUUGUGGAGAAAAGGCCCACAAGCAAAGAUGCAAUACCCACGAAAAUUUUCUCAUUGGACUUAUUUCAUUUCUCAGAGGAACAUGAGAAUGCACUUUUGAAGGUGUUGAACGAGGUGCAUGUUCCCGACACCAUCGGCGAGAGUAAAUUAGAGGAAUUUGUUAGAAGAAAAUCGCCUUUUCAGAUGAGUGUUCCCGACAGCCAUGCAUAGGCUUUGUGUACUGGAUCUGAUAUGUGGCGUCUCGAGUUUGGUUUGGCAGGUCGGUUAAGCCAGGUCAAUAGAGGUGGAUUGAGUGUAGUAGUCGAUUUUGUUAAGCUUGCUGCAAAGCCUGGCAUGCAUCGUUGGUUAUUGGCGAACAAGUGAGUUUCCUUGGUGUACUGGACUUGGAAAAACUGUCGCAUAUCUUUUGUUAUGUAAUGAAUGCAUUUGAUCUCUUGUUGGAAAGGAAAAGAAAACUUUGUAA